UUUACAGUUACUGUACUUAACACUUCAGGCCAUGGAUUCAGGCCAGACCAUGAGUCACUCACACAUCCAUCUCCAGCCCCUGGCCAAUCCCACUUACAAAACCCCAAACUGGGAAAUCUAUCCUGUUGUGGCCCAAACAUAACAGCAGAACCACCCAAGCAGGCUGAGUGUUGCUUCCAGGGCUGGUCUGUCCUGCAUCUGUGGCACCUGACUCCCUCCUCGCCACUCCGAGGCCACUGUCAUAUCAGGUAUCAGCAGGUACAUACACGCUGAUAGGCUCACCUGGACUAUGGGACAAGACAGGAGGAGGAGGAGGAGGAGGAGGAGGAGGAGUUUGGAUUUGAUAUCCCGCUUUAUCAUUACCCGAAGGAGUCUCAAAGCAGCUAACAUUCUCAUUUCCCUUCCUCCCCCAGAACAAACACUCUGUGAGGUGAGUGGGGCUGAGAGACUUCAGAGAAGUGUGACUGGCCCAAGGUCACCUGUGCUGGUCCCGGGGGGAGGUUACCGGGAGGCGUGGUCAGAGUCCGGUCCUGGGUCGAGGGUCUAGAGAAUGUCCACCAAGGGCAAGGCGGGGUCCAAAGCAAGAAGCCAGGCGUGGUCAGGAACUCUGGAAGAGCAGGUCUGGGUGCUGGCAGAAACAGGUUUCCAACGACGUUGCUCCCACAACCUGGGACUGGGCUGACUGGCCUUUAUUUCCUCGGAGGCCAGGGACGGUCCCGGCCCCCAGGAGACCCGCCUCUCCUGGCCUUAAGGCGAGCACUCCUCCUCAGAGAACUUAGUUCCCUCCGCCUCUCUGCCCUGAGCCUCUGCAGCUCAGGAGAGGCUGGAGGGUUAUUGGACCCAGGGGCAGCUUCACCUUCUCCUGACAGUGCUGGGAGAGGCGCACCUGCAGGCAAUGGGCCCUCCAUCACCUCUGGAGCCAGAGUGGAUACAUCUGGUGUCUGCUCCUGAGGAUCCGGCACAGGUGCAGGUCCUUCAGAUUCAAGCCCCUGCCCCGGCUCAGCCGGCCCUGGAGGCGGGGACUCCUGUGCAGGCUGGGACUCCUCAGGUUCAGAUUCUGAAUCAGAUUCCCAGGCUAUCACAGUCACCCAGAAGGUACAUGUGGAGGAGCGGGGAAGCAAACCCGGUUCACCAGAUUACGAGACUACAGCUCUUAACCGCUACACCACAACAGUCCCUGCAUCACUGCAUCACUAGCCCUAAGGUGACUGUCACUGAGAAGAAAAUGAAAAGAUGGGGGGGGGGACCAGUAGGCUUUUAAAGUCCAGGGUUCCACCCCAUGCAAGUUGAAUACCAAGAUGGUAUUCCUAGAAAUUAAGUUAGGGAUUCAUAGCAAUCCCUUCAUUAGCAACCCUGUUUAGGGAAGUUUUUAAUGUUUGAUGUUUUAUUAUUGUGUUUUAAAUAUUCUGUUGGGAGCCGCCCAGAGUGGCUGGGGAAACCCAGCCAAAUGGGAGGGGUAUAAAUAAUAAAUAAAUUCUUAUUCUUAUUCUUAUUCUUAUUCUUAUUAUCCUUAUAGCAUUACUGUGGAAAGGGGACCAUGCCAAAUGAAGAUUUACUGGACAAAGAAUCGAUUUGAUAUUUAGUGUCAGCUGCCGAGAUGGUUACUGUAAGUAAACGGAAAUAUUUAGGGGGUUAAAUAACAAUUUGUGGUAUAGUCAAAUCAGGUCUGGAACUAUUGCAGGGAUGGGCUCAAAAAUUAAGGUAUACUAGGGGACAAAAAAAAAUAAAGAUUCAUUUUUAGCUAUGUUGAAAAACUUACUUUAUACUGCAUAUAAAUAAUGAUGACAAUGUUCAAAUGCCUCUUGUGAAAUAUGCUACUAUGUAGAAUUCUUCAGAACAUUUCAGCUUCAAGUGAGAAUGUAAUAAGAUCUCAAGGAUAUUUAUAAAUAAAGCAAAUCUUUGCAAAAAUAUUACUACCCUCCAACACCAAUAAUAAUAAUAAUUCCCAGGGAUUGUGAAUGAAACAACCCAAAUUUGUAUUUCAUUUUUUUGGGGUGUGGGUAUGUUAAAUUUUUAUUCAAUUGUAUUGUUUUUCCUUUAUUUUUUGAAUGUUGUUUAAUUAUAUAUUCUUGAUAAAAUAAAUGUCCCUAGGAAAUUGGGAUGCUUAGAGGGAAUGCAAUGGUCUGCCUCCACUGUCGGACCUAAUACUUUCCUUUCCGUCUCAUCUUCCCAAUGUUGUUCUAUAAAAAGGCAUAGAAGUGUCUCAUGCACACUAACGAUACCUUUCCAUCAUUUAAAUAACCAAAGAGGCUGUCAUAUAGCUUUCAACUUUUGGGAAUGCUUCAUGAAAAUAAAUGUGGCUUUGAUCCAGUUUCUGUAAAAUCAAAUAGAAAUCCACUUUGCAGCUUAUUAUUUUUUUAAAAAGAUGUUAAAUAACAGACUAGGAUCUGUGGACUGAUUUCUGCGAUGUAUUGUGUCAUCAUAAAUCAAUCAGGAAGCAACCAGAGGAUACCUAUUGAAAUGUUCCUGGAAACGGGCGUAGAUACAUUAUACCCACUGUUUCUGAGACUAAAUUUUGUGUCCAGCUAAAUUCUAUGCAGAGUAGACCUGCUGAAAUAAUGAUCCUGAAUUAUUUGUGUCUAUUAAUUCCAAUGGGUCUCCUCUGAGUAUGACUAAUACAACCAUAAAGAAAACAUUAGGCAAACAGGAGAUCUUGCAACACAGCCUUAUACAUCUGUACUGAGAAGUAAGCAUCACUGAGCUCAAUAGGACUUCUUUCCAGGUAAGUGCGUGUAGGAUCGCAGCCUUAAACUGUCACCUCAGUGCUAAUGCAGAUGCACUGAAAUAAUGUUUGCUGACUAAACCUAAAUGUGUCUUAUGGCUCAGUUAAUAAUGAUGCUUUGCUAUGGCUUAGCACCAGGGGUCAGCAAACUUUUUCAGCAGGGGGCCGGUCCACUGUCCCUCAGACCUUGGGGGGGGGGGCUGGACUAUAUUUUGAAGAGAGAGAGACAUGAACGAAUUCCUUUGCCCCACAAAUAACCCAGAGAUGCAUUUUAAAUACUGUAAAAGGACACUUUCUACUCAUGUAAAAACACACUGGUUCCCGGACCAUCCGUGGGCCGGAUUUAGAAGGCGAUUGGGCCGAAUCUGGCCCCCAGGCCUUAGUUUGCCUACCCAUGGCAAGCAAGACUUGAAGGAAUGGGAGGUGUGACUUGUCAGUCACUUUUCUGGAUGACCCGGAAGAACCAAGAUUAGAUCAAUUUUACAGUAGAAAGAACAUAGGAGAAGCCUUGUUGAAUUGGGCCAGAAUCUAAUCUAGUCCAUACCCUGUUCUCACACAGUGGCCAACCAGAUGUUUGUGGGAAUCACUAAGACGGGAAUCACCCCUCCUUCAGUUUCCAGGACCAGGUAUUCAGAAGCAUAUUGUCUUCAGGAGUGAAGGUAGAAUGAAGCAUCAUGUUUAGUAGCCAUACUGGAAACAUUUUCCCUUCCUGUAAAUAAACCCCUUAGUCUACAUAAGUGAUAGAGAUGUGGAGUAAACUAUUACAUUUCUUACAACAGGUAGCAUAGCUACAGUAUUAUUUCUUUAUCAUGUGGAUAGGAAACAGGAACCAUGUUCUGAGCUGCAGAGAAAGCCAGAGUCCACUUGCAACAUACAAUGCAACACUGACUUGCAUUUUGAUUCCCACACACCCAACUCUAGCAUACCUAACGUACUGUUUAAUCCAACCUCAAUAUGUAAGUGCAAUAAUAUCUAAAAAUCACAUGAAUCAAUACCAUCUAGAAGGCUGGUCACAUGUUUCCAGAAUCCAUUUUUCAACAGGAAAAGCAAGCUGCCAUUCAGAAUGCAAUGGAAGUAUAUGGUGUGGCCAAAUCGAUAUAGGAUUAACAAAGAUUUCCAUUAUCGCUGUGAUUUCAUUUUUAAUGAGCUCACGAUCAGUCUACGAAGCAGAAGGAUGCACGUUUCUCUGCUGAGUGAUCUCAUCUGUAAUUUCAUUAGGAAAACUGAAUUUUGCAGAUGUAACUUUUUGAAAGGGGGGGGUGAAAUUUUGUCUCUUGGCAAUGCUUCUUUCUGACUGAAAAACGAAGGAAAAGCCAGCCGCCUCUUCAAAUGGUGACUGACCGUUUCGCAAUGUGCCAAGUUUAGUUGCUUGAAUGUGAAUAUGACAGCUUGUGAAGUCCAGUUCGUUAUCUUCUCAUAAAAGUGACAAAGCUCUUGCAGUUCAUAAAGUGCCGUGUGACUGAAGUUUGCAAAGGUUGUUUUUUUCCCCCAUCCAGACCAAUUUCUUUUGAAUUUGAGUUCUUUCACUCAUCUUAGCUACCUACAAGAAUCUGAAACAUAUUGAGCGCCGAUUGCCCUGAACCUUUUCAUAUCUUCUGGGGGCCCUGAAAUUUUGCCACCUCUAACUUCCCAUACAAUGACACUGGGAGCACAGCAGUGUCAGCACAGAGCUCUCCCAAGUCAAUGGUGGCAGUCCAUGGUACUACUGGCUGUAUCAACCGAUGGUUCCCAGGUUCACAUUUUUCAUGUCCCUGGUAGAGGUCUUCUUGGAGAGCCAGUUCCAGCAUAUGUUUAGAGAUGCAUCCUGCACCAUAGUGUCCCCUUUCCUGAAGCUUACUAUGUUCGGUUUAUCGGACUGUGAAAUGACUUGCCACACUCUGGGCAGUCUUGCGAAUUUCCUUUCUUUUGCUCGCUUGCCAGGUUAGCAAACUCUCAGAGUUUGUGGAAAUCUAGGUCUGCAACCUCUCUCUAACUCCUGAGAUUUCUUUUUUUUCACCAUCUGUGGCUUCAAGUGCAGCCUCUUGUUUCAAGAACUCUGGGGGCCUUGGCUGGUUCCAGUGUGAGAUCAGGGUCAUUUUGCAGCAUCACAGACACGUGGCCAUCUCAAAGCUCAACUCCUCAUCUUCUACUAUCAAAAUGGAGUUAAGAUUUAAUAUCCAAGUUUGCAAAACAAAACGUGGAGCUAUCAUUUUUACUUUUAUUUUUAAAGCAAACUUGCUUUGUGCAUUGAAUGAAGUACACUAUGGCUUACAAAAGCUCAUAGCAAAUAAACCAGUUAGUCUCUAAGGUGUCACAGUGCUUUUGGUCAUAUUAGAUAACUUAUUCUUUCAGCAAACAAACUGGUGCAUGGUUCAUAUGGCAGGCACCGGAUUUUAGAAAUUGGCAGUAGUGGUAGAAGAAAAAAUCAAGCCCUCCUUUAUAAUCUAAUCUGUUUUUAACCGCCACACUCUUUCCCUCAUAUUAAAAAUGUGCCUUUUUGACACAAGCUUUCUAACUCAAUUCACAAGCUACAGAAGAACGGGGAGGGUAAUAUUAGAGACUCUUGAGAGCUCCUGCUAAAGUUGUGAAAAUUCGGUGAAAAAUGGGCAGCAUUUUCCUUUUUGAUAGGCACCGGCAUUAUCUUCCAUCACUAGGAAAUGCUAUAAAAUGAUAGUCUGUGAGAAUACCUUGAAUUGAUAUUUCAAAGGGUUUCUUUUGAAAGGAUGAUUUAUAGAUCACAAGACCAAUGGGGCUUUUAUCAAAAGAAAAUGGAUUCUUUUGUUGAACUAUUGAGAAAAGAUUGAUGAUGUGCUACAGCCAAGCUUAGUUUUGGUGACUUGGUGGUACGUAAAUCACUAGCAUCGUAUAAGCUCAAUACUUAUUAUGCGACAUCCCAAACAACACACACAGACUAAUUGCCGGCAAAGUUGUUUUCUUCCAGAAGAGGCCUGAACGGAUGGUUUUAGCAUAAUGGUGGAUUCCAUGUGAUUUAUGAGUCUGCUGAUGCAGGCCAGUCAUUGGACCAAUUAUGUACUGUAUAGCAAGAGGCACAUAGAGCUUCAGGAUGCUGAUGGCAACAUAGUGUGUGCACACUCAGAGGAUGACCUCCAAACCAUCCUAAAUAUAUCCUAAAGAAGCUUACAAAAAGCUUGGCCUACCGCUCAACAUCCAAAAAACCAAAGUGCUGCACCAACAAGCACAAAACAACCCCUCUGCAGCCCCACAAAUCCAACUCAAUGGUGUAACAUUGGAAAAUGUUGAUCACUUCUCCAACCUGGGCAGUUAGGUAUCUUUCUGCAAGGGCCGACAUUGGUGCCAAAAUCCAGCAUCACCUAGCUCUGCAAGUGCAGCUUUUUCCCAAUGGAAGUGCAGAGUGUCUGAGGACCAGGACAUUUGCUUGUGAAACAUGGUCCACUUAUAAACACCGUGUCCAACUCCCUGAAAGAUUCCAUCAAUGGUGUCUCCCAAAAAUUUUACAUAUCACUUGGGAAGACAGGCGAACUAAUGCCAGUGUACUGGAAGAAGCAAAGAUCAACAGUGUUGAAGCAAUGAUUCUUCAACACCAACUUCGUUCAGAUGCAAGCAGAAAUUCCCAACUACAAACUCCAGAGAGCAGCUGAUCCCUCCUGAAAAUGCAGUUGGCAUCCAUCAACUGACCUUGAAACCCUGCAUUCGGGAGUGUUAUUCACGGAGGUUUAUGAGUGAACACUGUCAGGAGCUCAUCCUACACUCGAGUAGGACCCUGGUAGAGACACAUUCCCCACUGGCAUGUUCUCUCCCUCCUGGUCGUUCGCUCGGGAGCUUCCAAAGCUUUCUUCUGCCCGAACAUCACAGCGACCAAUGCCAACAGACACCGGCACAUUUAGGGAUCCGCAGAGUCUGCGCAGCAUGCGCGUGACAGACCUCAGCAACUCAGCAUUUUGGCUAAUCUACUUUAUUUACAUACAAACACACACAGAGCACUGCAACAUGGCUCCCUCUCUCUCUAGCAUCAGACAGCAAAGAGAAAAAGAACAAAGGACACUUCACGGAACACAGUAACACAAACAUCCUGUCUCCGUCACUUCCCACUCUGUGGAGUCAAAACAUAUACUGUCAUGUGAUAGACAACAAUCCCAUGACUGCAAUCACGGAGCAGGAAUUCUAACAAACACAUCCUAAGGCAAUCGGGUGAAUACAGGGGCCAUCUGAUUUGGGUGACUGGUGUUAAAGGUUUCCUAACUGUAAGGCAGAAGGGUAAUGGGACAAUUUAUCCAAAGAUGUUGCGAAGUUUUUUCUGUCUUGGGAAGUAGCUUCGCUCCCCAAAACCCCUUUAAUAUUUGGAAAAUAGUUCUGCACAAAGUUUGGCUCUGGUGCUUCUAUUCAGAGAGUGUUGGAUUCAGAAAUCCUUUGAGCAGCCUUAAAAGUCUUUGAAGCUCUGACUAGACUAGGGCAGAGGAAGGAGAAAUUCAUAUGAUAAAUAUACUGGGGAGUAGCACUUUCUAAAAGCCUGCUAUAAACUUAAUCCAUUGUUACACGUAUUUUAUUAACCCACUUGAGUGGACACCACAAUGAGGAUGAGGGUAAAAUUUGGACUAAAUCCCCCACAGAAGCCACAGCUUCAUGCGCAAUGCUCCUCUAAUGUACUUCUGGAACAGCUUUGCUCCCCGAUGAUUUAUAUUUGUUUACUUUUCAAAUCCCUAAGCCUGACAUACUGUAAAAAGGAUAGGUCCAUAACUAAUAAGAGCCGUAUGUUUGUCUAGCGUUUGUUGCCUGUGCCUUUUGUUCUGCUGUGUUAAUGUGCCGUGUCUCCAGCCUAUCCGUAGACAAUAACCCAUAAUGCAAUUUGGACUUGGAUUCAUUAAACAUGAUUAGCACAGCAUACUAAUGAAAAUCCAAAAUUAGCUUGUGGAAUAGAACACCAGACGACCUUCCCAACCCAUUCAGAGAAGCUCACCUUCGACGUAGCAGAGCUUUGCUCGACAGUAGAUGCUUUGUGCAUUCAUCUAUCUUGCAAAGAGAAAUGUUCGCAAGUUGAAUAAAAUAUUCUGGAACACUCCAUAUGCCCUUUUAAUUCCCCCUACCUAUCCCGUUUAUUUUGUGUUUAUUUUGCAACAAACAUUUUGUUGCAGAAAUAAUACUUAGAUUUAUAUCCUGCUUAUUUUUACUGGCGAUUGACAAAAUUGUUAUCCAGUCCCUUCCAACGAUUCCCUGGGACUUGGAUUGCAUGGACAAGUCGAAAGCAGGGCUCCGUUGCACACCAAGUCCUACACUCCAUGUUUGUGCUGAUGACACACUUUGAAGAUGUUGGUUUGCAUUUAAGUUCCAUACCUGUCCCUUCUCUAAUGAAAAAGUGCUACCAUCACAUUUGCUAUGAAUGCAGGAAGGUGAUUCCGUUUCCCCACCCCCACCCCAAAAUUAUAUCUCACAAACAUGGAUUUUAUAGAGCAUCCUCAGAGUGUCAACACUGAUGGUGGCAUAGAAAUUCUCUCCCUUUAACGACACAAAUCUGUCAAUUAGUUGCACACAGCAAUUACCGGCCCUUUUCUUUAAUAUUUGUGAAGACUCCAACCUUUCGAAGGAUGAUAAAUGACUCCGUAAAGUAUGCAGUGCAGGGAUUUGCUAAAUGUGCACUUUUCCUCUCUCCUUUUAUAUAUUUUUUAUAAUAAUCCCCCCCCCAAGUUAUUUUACGCAAUCAAUAGAGAAAAGACAUCCUUUUUUUGAAAAAAGAAAAAAGCACAGAGGAAUAGUUUAAAUGAAAAUAAAGUGCCUUCUCAUUCAGCAAAUGGCCAGAGCAAGGAGACAUUCUUACACUUGGGCUAAUUAACGGAAGAGCUAACAUUGUUAGCCAAAUUAGAACUAAACCUCAUUUUAAUUGUUUUGAAACUGAACAAAAAAGAAUGAAAAGGAAAGCACUAGUAUAUUCCAAAUAUGACCUUUGAGAAUUCCAGCUUCAUUAGCAUUUCAAACAGCACAGCACAAAUUAAGAUGGGAGAUGUUCUGGAAGUGAGCUUUACAUGGUACACAAUUAAAGAGUUGCAAACACUUGUUCCUUUGUCUCUAUUAAUUGUGGAAUAGUAUGUAAGUAGUGGUUUUACCCCAGUCACUAUUAUUCAGGGUAGUAUCCUUCAGUUUAUUUAUGAGUUUCUUUUGGAAUGCCUUGAAGAGAGGGUCCUGUUCACAUUCAAUUUCACAUUUCCCUGCCCCAAUAAUUCAAUUCAAUGUUUCCCUGUUACUCUUCCUCUUUCCUCUUCAGUGUCCUCACUGAGGUGGCCCAAAUUUUCAUGGCUCACCUUCCCCCGCCAUGCCACGCCACGCCUCCUCCUCCUCCCCUCGUAAAGCUCUCUCCUUGGUCUCUAAAACAUCCCAGUUUCUUUGUCUGUAUUUCUCCUCCAUCUCUUCUCCAGUCCCCCCCCUCCUCCUCCUCCUCCUUGCUCGGACCAGAAAGAAUGCUCUCAGAUGUUGGCCAUUUAUCUCUCAAAGGAUGCUCUCGUCGUCCUUAUCUACCAACGCUUCGCCAGAUGUGUGUCUGUCGUAGGUGAAGUCUUCACUGCAGUCAAUGCCAGGCAUAUUAACAGACCCACAUGAUGGAUUCGGUUACAACAUAGGACUGUCCCAUCUCUCUGUUGUGCCAUACUACAAUUUCCACAAUUCUCUGAGUCUUUGUUCCUCUUUGCCAGUAGUUGUUGGUGUGUCUGUCAAGAAUGUGUGCCCUGUGCAAAGGGCCUGUUGCCCUCACAAAGUGGCUUCUAACCCUCAAACAUGGAUCCACCCAACUUUCUUUGGAGCAAGAUUUUGCGAGGCCUCAGGCGGGCACGACAGACCGCAAAACCGAAUAAGAACACUGAAUUGGGUAAGUCAAUAGCCUCUGUAAUAUAAAUAAAUCCUUCAGCAUAUUUUACCUCUUCAAAGAAUCAUAGAAUUGUAGAGUUGGAAGGGACCCCGACAGUGCCUAUAUGGUAUUGAGUGACAGAAUAAUUUGGCCGUGAUAAAGACAUUUUGUCCAUGGUAUGGUUAUUUUCCACCUAAUCAUUUUGGCACAUUGGCACCCUAUUUAUAAAAUUUAACAAUUCCAAAAUACAGGCACACUUUCACUUUUGCAAGAUUGAAUAUAUUGCUUCGGCUGUACUCGAGGGCCGAUUUCAAAAAAUUCUACAGGGAAAACGGUUAUGUCCAUGUGGAGAUGGCAGGGAAAGGUAAAAGACCCAUGGACAGUUAAGUCCAGUCAGAGGCGACUAUGGUGUUAUGGUGCUCAUCUCACUUUCAGGCCGAGGGAACUGGUGUUUGUCCACAGACAGCUUUCUGGGUCAUGUGGCCAGCAUGACUAAACCUCUUCUGGCACAACGGAACACUGUGACAGAAAACAGGGUGCACAGAAAUGCUGUUUACCUUCCCACCACAGUGGUACCUAUUUAUCUACUUGCACUGGCGUGCUUUCGAACUGCUAGGUUGGCAGGAGCUGGGACAGAGCAACGGGAGCUCACCCCAUCACAGGGAUUCAAACAGCUGACCUACUGAUUGGCAAGCCUAAGAGGCUCAGUGGUUUAGACCACAGUGCCACCCACAUCCCUAUGGAGAUGGCAGUAUUGAGUCAGUGGUUCAUGAGCUUCUGGCUUGCACUCUUUAUAAAGAUACGAGGAGUGAGGCUAUUACCCUUCUACUAUUGUCCAAUGGUUGCUCAACCAUUGCUACUGUGUCCUUUCUUCUAGCAGAGCAAAAUAAUCAGAUGACAGCAAAAACUGCAAAAAAAAAUAAUCGCAGGAGUAAUUAGAAUAAGAUCUAUUAUUUGAUUAUUGAUGUAAACCUCCAAAAUGUAUUUUGUAUAGUUAAGUUCUUACCUCUAUAUUCAGUACAAUUUAUUUUAUUUUAUUGCUAUGGCUAGUGGCUGAUGCAAAUAAAGAUUGUUCUGAUAUUAUCCGAAGGGGCCCUAAGGGUCAUCUAGUCCAACCCCCUGCAGUGCUAGAAUCUCAACUAAAGCAUCCAUGAAAGAGGAACAUCCAGCUUCUGCUUAAAAAGCUCCAAGGAAGGAGAGUCCAUAAUUGAGGUUCUUCCUGCUCAACAUUUCCAUUUGGAAUUCUAAAUAUCAAUCUGUUGUGCAAAGGAAGGAACCCAUUUUAAAAAACAAAACCCUAUACUUACCUUCUCAGAAGUCAGCCCCACUGAAUUCAGUGUUGCUGACCCCCACACCCCACGCCAGGUAACUGUGUACAACCGUCACUUGCAGCCUGAUUCAGAAAUCUUAAACAAAUUUACCUGGAAGUAAGUCCUGCUCAUAUUAUUCAUAGGACUGCAGUGUGCAUUAGAGAGAGAGAGAGAGAGAGAAUUUUCACCUAACCUAGAGUUUGAGAAGAAUUAGCAGAUAGGUAAAUCUACCUCGAAUUUCUACUCUUACUUUGCAGCAUAAGUCAUUGCAGUGAUUCCCACAAUCAUAGAGGUGGUGUGUAGAAAAGAGAAGUUGAGAAUUCUAAAGUGAUUGUUAUCAAACUGUAAUUCACCCUUAGAAGCAGCUUCGAAACCCCCGAAAAUAAUGAUACAGCCACAGCCACGCAGGCUGAUGAUUGGACAGUCAACAAUGAAGUUGGUGAGCACAUGAGUGGCAGGGAGAGCAAUGAGAUCCCUUGUCUACCGGCACGAUUUUUCUCUUUGUCACAGACAAUGUGCUCUGGGUUUAAGAAAAUAAUUACAGUGGGGCCUCGAGACUUAGUAAACAGUAAUAGCCCAAGGAUGAAUCAGAUUUGCUGAUCCCAGCCGAGAAUGACAAUUAAGAUGUAAUAUUUCCUCCCAUUACCCCCUUACUGUUCAUCAGUGUUGAAAAGUCAAUUUAGACUUCACCAUCUCUAGGUUGGUCAAUGUGCUUCAGAGCAAGCAAGCGAGUAUAUAAACUGUCAAUCAUGCUACGCUUCCAUUUCCCUGUUGUUUUUCUAGUGGGCCUAGUGAGAUUAGAGCCAGUUGGGAACAUAAAGCAAAUUAUUUCCUUUGCUUUGAAGUCUCAAACUACGCGUAUCAGGAGCCAGAUAAAUGUUAACUCUUCCUCAGCAGCUAAAGAGGCACGUGCUGUCUCCACUGUAAAAGGUGGCAUGUGUAUGAAUCGCAAGUGGGAAGAGUACAUCAUAAUAAUAUUAUUAUAAUAGUUUAUUAUUUAUACCCCGCCCAUCUGACUGGGUUUCCCCAGCCACUCUGGGCAGCUCCUAACAGAAUACAGUGGUACCUCGGGUUACAUACGCUUCAGGUUAUAUACGCUUCAGGUUACAGACUCCACUAACCCAGAAAUAUUACCUCAGGUUAAGAAUUUUGCUUCAGGAUGAGAACAGAAAUCGUGCUCCGGUGGCGCAGCAGUAGUGGGAGGCCCCAUUAGCUAAAGUGGUGCUUCAAGUUAAGAACAGUUUCAGGUUAAGUAAAGACCUCCAGAACGAAUUAAGUACUUAACCUGAGGUACCACUGUAUUAAAAACACCAAACAUUAAAAACUUCCCUAAACAGGGCCGCCUUCAGAUGUCUUCUAAAAGUCAGAUAGUUGUUUAUUUCCUUGACAUCUGAUGGGAGGGCAUUCCAUAUGGUGGGCGCCACUACCAAGAAGGCCCUCUGCCUGCAUACCCCCUAAUCUAGCCCAGCAAAUGCUGUAUCAUUUACAACAGCUGGCCGGUGACCAUUAUUGACGCUCAAUAUCAGGGGUGCCCAAUGGAGUGAUCUCAAAUUGUCGUCAAGCCAUAAUCACCCCUGACCACCAGUUGUGCUUUCUGGAACCAAUAAGAGUUGCAAUUCAGUAACAUCUUGAGAGCACCAUGAUGGUCGUCUGUUCCUUAGGCACAGCCAUACAGGGCUGAGAUACAAGUACUGGGGGGAGGUGUUUAAAAAAAGGAGGUGCCAUUUCCCCUAUCUCGAUAAAGGUGGCAAAAUGCCUGCCACAGACCACAUAUCAAGAGACAACACUAGUCUGUAAGUACUGUGAGGGGGGGAGAAAAACCCCUGUAAAUCCCUGUUCAUUUCUAAGCUAGCCACCACCAGCUCACAGAUAACAGUGUUUCAAAGCUCCUCAACAAUAAUUCUGCCACUCAUUUUCUGGUCACGCACCUAGAUCCCUCCCACUUUGUACAGAAGCUGUACAAACCAUAACCAUUUUCACAAGUGACACUUAAAUCAGCCCCUGAGUUCCUAGUAGCUGUCGGAUAAAUGAAAAAACCUGCAUUGAUUAGAAUGUACAUUCAGUUUUUAAAGUGCCUCUUCUCCACUGUCUAUUUACAAUAUUCCAUUUAUUUCUAUCUUACUCAAUUCACAAGCAAUGCAUUCCGGUCUAAAAGAGGUUCUUCAUCUUUCUUGUACAAAGCCUCCUUUAUAUUCCUCCAGAAGGAAGAUAUGGACCAUUUUUCUUUUCCUCGAGGUCCUUCAGGGCAAAAGAGAAAUAUUAACUACACAGAGAAAACAACGUUUUAUUGACAAGCUCCCCUGACCAUUGCAAUUUCCAAAACAAAAUCAACAUAACAAAAACAAGCGCCAAAAACUAUAAACUAUGUUUAUACCCAAAAUUUUGGUAAAAACAAAUAAAACCAUAUUUAAAAAGGCUGAUCAUUUGUACAGUCAAUAAAACAUUUUCUUACUCUUGUUACCUGGCACUCAAACUUAAGAACGGCUUUUGUGAUAUAUUUCUGUUCAUUUUCUUAUCCAUUGAACAUAGAAACAGGUUUAUCCAAAGACAGCUAAAGUUGAUUGAACCAAGUUUCCCUCUGAGCUUAAUAUAAUUUGCAAAAUAGCAAAUAGUGAGCCAGAUCAUUUACAUCACUAGAAUUUACCCCUAUAUAAAUGAUUCUCAUAAAAAGUCUUAUUCAAUCUCCCAUAAAGAACUACAGGAUUUAUGGUACUUGUUGUCUGUGAUAAAAGUGUGUGUCUGUUUGUGUGUGACAGUGGUACCUCGGGUUACAUACGCUUCAGGUUAUAUACGCUUCAAGUUACAGACUCCACUAACCCCGAAAUAGUACCUCGGGUUAAGUACUUUGCUUCAGGAUGAGAACAGAAAUCGGGCUCCAGCGGUGUGGCGGCAGCAGGAGGCCCCAUUAGCUAAAGUGGUACCUCAGGUUAAGAACAGUUUCAGGUUAAGAACGGACCUCCAGAAUGAAUUAAGUACUUAACCUGAGGUACUGUAUUGUUAUGAGUUUGUUGAGGAGGGAUUAGGCUGUAUGCAGAAACCCUUACAACUCCUGGAUCCAGCAAAUGUUAAAAUAUUGCCAAACUAGCUUCCUGGUGAGGUGAUAGCCAGGGCAAUGGGCCAUUCAGGCAGUGGUUUUCAACCUUUUUGAGUCUGCAGCUCCCUUGACCAAUCACAUUCUUUCUGUGGCUCCCCUUUGGAAGCCACUCUUUGUUGUUGUUUAGUCGUGUCCAACUCUUCGUGCCCAACUCUUCGUGCCCCCAUGGACCAGAGCACGCCAGGCACUCCUGUCUUCCACUGCCUCCCGCAGUUUGGUCAAACUCAUGCUGGUAGCUUCGAGAACACUGUCCAACCAUCUUGUCCUCUGUCGUCCCCUUCUCCUUGUGCCCUCCAUCUUUCCCAGCAUCAGCGUCUUUUCCAGGGAGUCUUCUCUUCUCAUGAGGUGGCCAAAGUAUUGGAGUCUCAGCUUCACGAUCUGUCCUUCCAGUGGGCACUCAGGGCUGAUUUCCUUAAGAAUGGAUAGGUUUGAUCUUCUUGCAGUCCAUGGGACUCUCAAGAGUCUCCUCCAGCACCAUAAUUCAGAAGCAUCAAUUCUUCGGCGAUCAGCCUUCUUUAUGGUCCAGCUCUCACUUCCAUACAUCACUACUGGAAAAACCAUAGCUUUUACUAUACGGACCUUUGUUGGCAAGGUGAUGUCUCUACUUUUUAAGAUGCUGUCUAGGUUUGUCAUUGCUUUUCUCCCAAGGAAGCCACUCUAGUCCAGGAUUUUCCCGUUCCGUGUUCAGCCCCCCCUUGGCUUUUUUUUUGGUGCGCAUAUAAGUGGAAGCGCAUGUGUGAACAGGAACCCAAGUAAUGCUGCUACUCUGCGGAGCAAAGCUGAUGCACUCAGCAUGACAGUUGCCGCCUGCCUUUCCCGAAAUCAGUGCACACAGGGUGGGAGGGAAGAUGGAGAGGUCAAAACAAGAUUAAGAUCAGAAGCGGAAAUAUUUUGUUAUGUCGGGGAAGGAAAUUGAGAAACACAGAGGAUAUGUGUGCAGGCAUGGUCCUUUCCGCAACAUUCUCCCUGUCUCCAUAAAUCUGGGUGGGUGUUAAAGAGGAUAGCAUAUACCUUGGUGGGGAGAGGUAGAGAAGAAGAGGGCGAUGUUGAGGAUAGAAGGAGAGAGAAACUCAGAAGCCAAUCCUCACUUUCAGGAUUAUUUUCAAAUCCCUCCUUAUAGAGUACACAGACACAGACCAUCAAGCUACUUUACAAUUUUUGUGCAUUUCUCAAGUCUUCUGUGCAAAACUAAGGGACCGUUAGUUGCUGAAGCUGGGGAGGAUUUUUGUUUGUGCGCGAAGAGGGAGAUUUUAAGAAGUCAUGCAAAAGCAUUUCCCCACUUUUUUUAACCUCUGCUUUAUUUCGGAAAGAUGCAAGUUAAAGCUGCAGGCUCCCCUGAAUGAUCCUCAGAGAGAAAGAGAGAGGGGAAAUAUAUGCAUUCUAUAUGUGUGCUAUCCCUUAAUAUAUUCUCUCUCUCUCCUGUAGUCAUGUUUUGGCUGGAGAACUGCAUCACUUAAUCUGGGAAAGUGCAGAUUUCAAAGGAUAGCUAUGUUUUAGUUCAUGUGUUGGUUUGGAAGGUGUGAAUCAAACCAUCAAUUCUAGCAUGGGGGGGCAGUUUAUCUAAAUUACAUAGUUCGGUAUUUGAGCGAUUGGUAUUAAUAAUUGUAUUGUGAAUUUGUAUUGUUCUAAUGAGGCUAUUGUUGGAUUGUAACUGAAAACUGAUAAAAAUUAUUAUUUAAAAAGAAAGAGAGAGAGAGAGAGGUAAUGCAGGAAGAUAUGGGCUGGAAGUUAAUGAAAGGACAGCCUGGGGGGGCUCCCUUGGGUGCUGCAUAAACCAAUGAUAUAUGGUUUAUUUACACACACACACACAUACAGUGGUACCUCGGGUUAAGUACUUAAUUCGUUCUGGAGGUCCGUACUUACCCUGAAACUGUUCUUAACCUGAAGCACCACUUUAGCUAAUGGGGCCUCCUGCUGCCGCUGCACCGCCAGAGCACGAUUUCUGUUCUCAUCCUGAAGCAAAGUUCUUAACCCGAGGUACUAUUUCUGGGUUAGCGGAGUCUGUAACCUGAAGCCUAUGUAACCUGAAGUGUAUGUAACCAGAGGUACCACUGUAUAUAUAUACAAUGUGAGCCUGGGGAGGGGGGGAAUACGAUAAUCUUUAUUGUCGUUGUCCCAUACUGAACAACAAAAUUGAAAAAUCUACAUAAAACAUUCAAAACCCAACAAGCCUGCUACCCCAGCUAUCCCAACCUGGUUAGCCCCCUAAAACCUCUGAUACCCCAUUUUAAAAUACAAUAUACUCCCAUAGAGACUCCUUACACUGCGUUUAAAACCAAAAUCGCAUUUGGGUAGAAACUGUUUCUCAGGCGGCUAGUCCUAGUCUAGCAUUACACUCCAGGGGGGUCCCAUCUCUUCCAUGCCUGCCAUGUUGGAUUCAAACUGGUAAAUGGCGUUUCCAUGCGCUCUGGUUUCUAUCACGGUGUUCCGUUGCGCCAGUAGCGGUUUAGUCAUGCUGGCCACAUGACCCGGAAAACACAGGCUCCCUAGGCCUGAAAGCAAGAUUUACACCACACCUCAAAGUCGCCUUUGGCUGGACUUAACCAUUCAGGGCUCCUUUACCUUUUUUACCUUAUCUUCACCUCACACUGUGCUGUGACCUCCUAUAAAACAGCAUAGGGGAACCAGGUUAAGGUUGCAGCCACUGCAGCCUUUGUACAUAAGCAUUAUUGCUUUGCAGAAAAUUAACUUCUUCCUAAGCUUUUUAUGAUGAGAUUCCCAAACUGUGAAGUCACAGCAGAAUAUGCAUUUGUUUUUCUCUUCACAUGUGUGGCAACAAGCACACAUGGUCUCCAAAGAGAUCUGCUCUUUGACACGUGAAGCAACACUAUUCCUAGACACCAAAGGGUCGAAUUUUAUAAACUUGUCUGAAUCUCUGUGUUUGAGCACAUUAUUUUCAUCUAGGAUUUUUUCCCCUGCAGCAUCCAUCACCAUAGCAACAAAACUCCCUCAUCACAUACCUACAGGGCAUCUGAAAUUAAGAGGCGGGGAGGGGGAGAGGAUGUCUUCUUAAAAAGCUAAACAAAGCAAUAAAUGUCUGUAUCUAGCAAUUUAGGGAUCUAAGAAAAAACAUCCAGAGAUGUUCCCAUCCCUAGCACAAAUGCUAAUCGGCAGUUGAGCGAGGCUUUUAAUUCCCAUUGGGCUGCAGCUACCCACAUCUAAGAGAAUCACUUUUGAAAAUUCAGCAUAUGAUAUGUGCACUAAGAAUGUGCUGUGUUAUGAUGCCAUUCGUAAAUCACAUUCCAAUUUGGCAGCUGGACAUCCACAGAGUUCACCUGCGGACCGCAGGUAACAGCUGGAAGCGAGCAAAACAUGAUCUCAUAGCAAUGCCGCAAAAACCUAUUGCGGAAAGCAGAUACCAAAGAAACCAUCAAGAUCUAAUGAAAACAUUGGAGACAUCCCGGAUGCUUUGAGAGACAAGAUGAAAAAGUUUCAUUUCCCAAAGACCAGUUGGUGGACUUUGCAGAAAUUUGAAUGUUUAAGCAUGGAGCGGCACACGCAAUCCUGAUUACAAAUUCAUUGCUUUCCUUUUCAGCCAAGCAUAUCUGUUUGGUUGCUUUUCCUCGGAUCUUCGCUUCCAUCACUGUUAGACCAAUUUAUGAGUGCUCCACCCAGGCAUGCCUUGUCUUGACAGCUCUAGAAAUGUUGCAGGCUGAAAGUGCUCCUGAAGAUCCAUUCAUUACAGCCAAUGACAGCAAACUUUGGAGCUCCAAGCCAGAAAAAUGAGUGUGUGCCUGUUUAUUUUACCUGCAUGCAUUUUUCUCUGAGCUCAUAAACUGAAGGACAGCCAAUCCACUUGGCCACAGGUGAUCUUCUCCCCCUGCCCUGUUCUCCACUUAUCUGCAAGCUGCCUUGCCUAAUUUUGUACACCUUGGUGUCAGAAGCGGCACGAAAACACGCCGGCAUACAGAAGGUGGCUGCAGAUUAUCAGACUGAUGAAAUAAAGAAACCUAAAUGAUAUGAUCUAAUCUAAAAUAGGGUGCUCCGAGUACUUGUAAAGCAGUCACUCGACAAAAACAAAUAACCGAUCCUGAUCCAAAGACCAUUAAUCACCGAGGAGAAAGGAGAAGUCGUUUCUCCUGCCAAUUCUAGUGACGGUUCGGAGACACCCCAAAUUCAUCAUUCUUUGGGAAUAAUUGGCUAUGUCAGUGUCAAGCUGAAAUUUCCCCCCAAACACCUGACACACAAGUGACCAGAAGCACCACUUUCUUCAUUAUCUCGGGAUGAUACAUUUGUUCUGUUCAUAGAGAUAAGGCUCCCAAGAGGCUGCCGAGCUGAGAGUCUCAAACAAUCCCUUACAAUUGCCAUAAUAGAAGUGACAAGUGUUUUCCCUUCCUCCCCGCCCCAGGAGUUCUUCCAAAUUUCCUCUGAGCUGGUGCCUGAACAGCUGAUGAAGAAGAAAGGUACAUUGCAGCCUUACCUAAUUUAUUUUAGAUGGCAUCAAUGGCCUUUGUUGUUGUUGUUGUUGUUGCUUUUGCAAAGGUGUUUAUGAAGUGUAACUCCACCGAGAGCUCCACAAACAGCAAGAAGACUAUUAGCAUGUGUGCGUGUGUUUGUCUACCAGAUAGUUAAUGAUAUCUCAGCACAUGCUUAUCGUAACUGGAAACAUAUGUGGAGACUUGGGAAGCCAAACCCCCAGCUGUGGAUUUAACACCCAGAGCUCCCAACUCUAUUUAUUUUCCUUGCGUGUGUGCAAUGCGCACACACCAGACAGCAAUUUGCAUUCGAAAGCUCAGAGCAAAAUCCUUUGUAGGGUGCAGGCAUGCAACAUCCUCACCUUUACUUUCAACUAGCAGCAGACACGAAGUGAAUGACCUGUGGUGUUCUGGGGAUAUUAAAGGGGCUGCGGGCAGAAAGGUACAUGGCAGAAAAUAAAUGCAGCCAUACAGUAGGAGGUGGAUUGCUUUUGCUUCUUUAAAGUUUCACUCUAGAGAGAUAGAUGGUAAAUGCAAAGCUGGGGCAGCACUAUUCAUGCAUGAUCCCCUUGGUUUGGCUGGAAGAUCAAAACCCUGUCUGAAACUCCAAAAUCUGGGGCAAUUUGUGUGCUCAUAUAGUAGGGCUAUACUGCCCCUGGAUUAAUUUGGCUAAUCCUCAAGCUAGCCAUCAGGCCUAACCUUUGAAAAGGUGUAAAAUAUUUCCCAGUUAGGUCUAUGCUCUAUUUGCACAAGCCUGUGCCUUUGCGAGUUAGCCAGUUACAGUAUUUUUUGCUCUAUAAGACUCACUUUUUCCCUCCUAAAAAGUAAGUGGAAAUGUGUGUGCAUCUUAUGGAGCGAAUGCAGGCUGCACAGCUAUCACAGAAG